AAGACAUCCUCAUCGGGAAACGAUGGCUGCUUUGGGAAUCGCUGAAGAUAUCGACUACCUUGCUGAGACGUGCGGUUUAAAAACCUUCCUGGGGUAUAGUUUCGAGGGGUAUCAAGAGGAGACCUGCCAGCUCCUAGCUACUCUCGACGUACACUUCUACGCGGAUGAACAAGAAGAAGAGAAUGGGAGAGGUUUUGGAUACAUCACGUUCUCUGUCAAGGGAAGAGACUACUCACUAACGAUCAGGGAGCUUAAUCUCUUGUAUGGAUUCCCGAGCAAAGAGGGAUUGGUUCAAGAUUUCGAUAAGCGCGAACUCCAAGCCUUCUGGAAGACAAUCGCCGGACCAGGAGAUUACAAACCUUCGAAAAGCAAGAGCUCCUCUAUUAGAAGCCCAGUGGUGAGGUAUCUACACCAGUCCAUUGCUAGCAUGUUCUUUGCAAAGAAGAUCACCGGUACCAUAAGUGAAGGUGAACUGCAGCUUCUGGACUUAGCUCUCCUAUUCACCUUGCGAAACACUAGUGAUGGAGCAGAAAUGGUGGGAGAUAGAGGAAAUGCUCCUCUAAUAGCCGUGUUCUUGGAUCAUUUAUUGGGAUACAAGGAGUAUGCUGCAAACAUGCAUAGGUCAGGGCGCAAAGGAAGCUUGACCAUUGGCGGAAUUCUGACACCAAUUCUGGUAGCUGCGAAUAUAGACGUGGGAACAGGAGACUCUUCCCCAACUUGGAUCGAUAUGGCGUACUUAAGGAAGAAGGGCUAUCUUGAUAAAACAGCUCCUGAAGGCGUGUUGCUCUAUGUGUUCAACCACCCUGAAGAAGGAACUUCUAGGCUGCUUCUACCAUGCACGAAUCACACCACGAUUAGAGCUGGUGAGAACAUCGACUUCUGCCCACCAUCCUUCAUCCUCUACGAUUCACAAGUCGCCCCUGCCUCUCCACCGCCUCAAGCAAUGCACGAGGACGACCAGGAGCAAACCCAAGACGCUCCUGAUGAUUAUGCACCAGAGCGGUUCUUCUUCGAGGAAUACAAAGCUCCUAGGCAGACCAAAGGCGAGAGAGAAGCUCACAAGCGCAUAGGACUCCUGCAAGGAUUGGGAAAGUUUCAAGGGAAGGCGAUGCGAGGAUUGUCCAAGAAGGUAGACUCAUUGACCACAAUGGUUAAGAAGAUGGCGCUUCAGAUCACAGACCUCCAGAAGAAGUCCAAGCAUUCUCCAUCAUCAUCAGAAGAGAGAGGUACUUUGAGAAGAAGCGGUUCCUCAAGCAUGGCUCCACGACACGCGGUAAGGGCUGAUCCUCCAAGAUAUUCAUCCUUUGAACCACGCCAGAGGGAAAGCCAAGAGGAGUCUACACCACUCCCCAAACGUUCGCAAAGCCAUCGCAGGAAAAGGAAGGUUCAGAAGCCAAGUCCAGAGGCAGACUCGACCAUGGAACUCGACGACACGUCGAGACAGCACGUCGAGACUGCUCCAGAGCCAACUAAUCCUCCCUACAUGCAAGACAACACCAACGUCGAGCAGCCUCCUCCAGAGUCAAGCACAGCUCCUUCUUACACGCAGGAGAGCAUGGAUGAGUUCCUCGACACCUACUUCGGAUAAAACCAAAGAGCUUGUUGAUGGUUAAUUCGCUUAUUGAUGGAGUUUGUUGCUAAGUUCAUGUUCUAUGAAAUUGAUUCAUGAUGAUUUUUGGGAUGUAUAUAUUCAGAAAAUCUUGUUAAUUUUCCGUGAUUAGGAGUUUUUGAUGGUUGAUUCGCUUAUUGAUGGAGCUUGUUGCUAGUUCUGGUUCUGUGAAAUUGAUUAAAGAUAAUUGAUAGAG